UGGUUUAAACGUGAGGAAACGUCACCGGAACUCGAAUCAUUGAGUAAGAAGUGAUUUCCCACUUCACAAUGUUGGGAAACACAGAUGAGAGAAACAGAGGAAAGCCCGCAAUUAUCGACAUGAAAACACAUAGAUUAAAAGACUUCAUCUUAACCGCUAAAGUAAAUGUAUGGAUUAAUGACUGAACAGCUCUCUUUAAGAAUGGGAUUUACAUUCAUUCACGUCUUGCUUGGCUUCUGUCUCAACAUUCAGGUCAUCAAAUGCACAUCUGUGUGUUCGGUUUAUGGCUAUAAUGCUAAUUGCAUAGAUCGAGGUCUUCACCAGGUGCCAGAUCUGCCAACACAUGUAGCGUUCUUGAAUCUCAAUAUUAACAAUAUAAACGAACUCAACGAAACAUCCUUUUCUCACCUUGACGGUCUGCAGAUCCUCAACAUACAACAUCAAGCACCAGGACUUGUGAUCAGAAACAAUACAUUCAGAAGACUCUCCAAUCUAUUAUUACUGGAGUUAGAUUACAACCACAUGCUGAAAAUGGAGACAGGAGCUUUGAAUGGAUUAAUGAAUCUGAAAUAUCUCAGUCUGACACAAUGUAGUUUAGAUGACUCCAUUCUGUCUGGUGAUUUCCUCAAACCCCUGGUGUCUCUCGAGAUCCUCAUCUUACGUGAUAACAACAACAUCGGGAGAAUCCGACCAGCGCCGUUCUUCAUAAACAUGAGAAGAUUUCACAUGCUGGAUCUUUCGCGCACAAGCGUGAAGAGUAUCUGUGAGGAAGAUCUCCUGAACUUUCAGGGUAAACGUUUCACACUUUUAAGUCUGUCGUCUGUGAGACUACACGACAUGAAUCAGUACUGGUCAGGAUGGGACAAAUGUGGGAACCCAUUUAAGAACAUGUCCAUAACCGUAUUGGAUCUUUCUCAUAAUGGAUUUGAAGUAAACAUGGCAAAGCGUUUUUUUGAUGCCAUCACCGGUACCAAAAUCCAUCAUCUUAUCCUCAGUGAUAGUAGCAUGGGUAGUUCUUUUGGUCAUAGAAAUUUGAAAGAUCCAGACAGAUUUACCUUCAGAGGUCUCAAUGAAAGUGGUGUUAAGAUUUUUGAUCUUUCCAGAUCAAAAAUUUUUUCUCUGUCGUAUUCAUUGUUCGGUGCUUUGUCAGAUCUAGAAGAGAUUAACUUAGCACAAAAUGAGAUCAACAAAAUCGAAAACGAUGCAUUUUUGGGUAUGACAAAUUUACUAAAGCUGAACCUGUCCAACAACCUUCUAGGUGCUAUUGAUUCAAAAACCUUCAUGAAUCUACAUAAACUUCAGGUGCUUGAUUUAUCUUAUAACAAUAUAUGGGUGAUCGGAGAUCAAUCAUUUCAAGGACUACUAAAUUUAAUUAACUUAAACUUAAAAGGAAACCAUCUUGAAUCCUUGAAUCAGUUUGCAACCCUACCGAACGUAGAAAAGAUCUUCUUGGGUGAGAACAGAAUCAAAUCAUUGUAUGGAUUACCAAACAUUGGUAAAAAUCUCACAACCCUUGAUCUGGAAUAUAACAAAUUAACUGCCUUGUCAGAUCUGUACAUAAUAUUUCAGGAAUUUCCUAAAAUUGACACGCUCUAUCUUGAAGGGAACCUGUUUGGAAGUUGUCAUGAUAAAAGACCAACAGUAGUUUCAGACAAACUUCUACUUCUUAACCUCGGGAUUUCAUCUAUAGAGAUGAUCUGGUCACAGGGCAAAUGUUUAGAUGUUUUUAAUGAUCUUCAUCAGUUACAACAACUCUCUUUAACAUCAAACUAUCUGCAGUCACUUCCUAAAGACGUCUUCAAAGGCUUAACAUCGUUGAUCUUUUUAGAUUUGUCCUUUAACUCUUUGAAGUAUCUCCCUAAUGGUAUAUUCCCAGAAACUCUACAAAUACUUAAUCUGGAAUAUAAUUCAAUUUAUUCGUUAGAUCCACAUCUCUUUAGCUCCCUCACUCAUCUCAGUCUGAAACAAAAUCAGUUUCGCUGCGACUGCAACCUGAAAGAUUUUCAAACGUGGCUCAAUCAAUCUAGCACGAUCCUUGUACACCCUGUUGAAGAUGUGACGUGUGCCAGUCCUGAAGAUCAGCACAUGGUUCCUGUCUUGAGAUCAAGUAUACAAUGUGAGGAUGAGGAGGAAGAGAAGAAUGUUGAAAAACUGAGGAUUUUACUUUUUAUUUUCUCUGCCACAUUGAUCACGUUACUCACCAUCAGCAUCAUCAUUUAUGUCCGUCGCCGUGGUUACAUCUUCAAGCUUUACAAAAGACUUACUGCCAAAGUUGUGGAUGGGAAGCGAGAGGAUACUCAAGCCGACGAGUACUUGUACGAUGUUUAUCUCUGCUUCAGUUCCAGUGAUAUGAAGUGGGUGGAGAAAGCCUUGUUGAAGAAGUUGGACUCACAGUUCUCGGAUCAGAAUCUUCUCCACUGCUGCUUUGAAGAGCGAGACUUCAUGCCUGGAGAAGAUCAUCUGAACAACAUGAGAGAUGCUAUUCAGAACAGUCGAAAAACACUGUGUGUGGUGUCUGAACGUUUCCUGAAUGAUGGCUGGUGUUUAGAGACCUUCACAAUGGCACAGAACAAAGCGCAAGCCGAGUUAAAAGACAGUCUGCUGGUUUUGGUGGUGGGGAACAUACCCCAGUACAGGUUACUCAAAUACAAACCAGUAAGAUCUUACAUUGAGAACAGUACAUAUCUUGUGUGGCCCAGUGAUAGCCAAGACUUGGAGUGGUUUUAUGAGCAGCUUGUACAUAAAAUCAGAAAAGACACAAAGAUUAAAGAAACACAAGCAAAGGAUAACACCACAGAAACUGAAUUAAAGCCUGAAGCGACAAAUGGUCAUGGUGACACUGCACAUCGCUUUAUUCUGGAUAGUUCCCUGGUCACAUCGAUCAUUGUUGCUCAAUGCCUCGGGAUAAUCUUUACCAACUAUCACAACAACUUAAACAAAACGCACAGAAAAGAAGACUGGAGAGAAAACGAGGACGUGUCAAACUUAAUCUUGACAGAAAGACUUUAUGGUUUAAAAGAUAAGAACCGAGCUCUCAGAAUGACAUCAAGAUACACAUCAAUCCUCAUAUUAUACAUCAGCAUUCAGAUUGUAAACUGCACUUCUGUGUGUUUCAUUGAUGGCUCUAAGGUUUACUGCAUAGAUCGAGGUCUUCGACAAAUCCCAGAGCUGCCCACAUAUGCAAGUUAUGUGGAUCUGAGUAACAACAAUAUAACCAAACUCAACGAAACAUCCUUUUCUCAUCUUGAAGGUCUGCAGAUCCUCAGGAUACAACAUCAAAUGCCAGGACUUGUGAUCAGAAACAAUACAUUCAGAAGACUCUCCAAUCUAAUAUCACUGGAUUUAGAUUACAACCUCAUGCUGAAAAUGGAGACAGGAGCUUUGAAUGGAUUAAUGAAUCUGAAAAAUCUCAGUCUGACAGGUUGUAGUUUAGAUGACUCCAUUCUGUCUGGUGAUUUCCUCAAACCUCUGGUGUCUCUAGAGAUCCUAGUCUUAAGUGAAAACAACAUAGGAAGAAUCAGACCAGCGCCGUUCUUCAUAAACAUGAGAAGAUUUCACACGCUGGAUAUCUCGUUCACAACCGUGAAGAGUAUCUGUGAGGAAGAUCUGCUGAACUUUCAGGGUAAACGUUUCAUACUUUUAAAUCUGUCGUCUAUGAGACUUCACGACAUGAAUCAGUACUGGUCAGGAUGGGGCAAAUGUGGAAACCCAUUUCAGAACAUGUCCAUAAACGAAUUGGAUCUUUCUCAAAAUGGAUUUGAAGUAAACAUGGCAAAGCGUUUUUUUGAUGCCAUCAAGGGUACCAAAAUCCAUCAUCUUAUCCUCAGUGACACUAGAAUCGGUAGAUCUUCUGGUUACAAUAAUUCAAGAGAUCCAGAUCAAUUCACCUUUAAGGGACUUCGGGAAAGUGGUAUAAAGAAUUUUGAUCUGUCUAAAUCAAGUAUCUUUUCUCUGUCGUAUUCUUUGUUCUGUGCUUUGUCAGAUCUAGAACAGAUUACAUUAGCGCAAAAUCAGAUCAACAAAAUUGAAAACAAUGCAUUUUUGGGUAUGACAAAUUUACUAAAGCUGAACCUGUCCAGCAACCUUCUGAGUGCUAUCGAUUCAAAAACCUUCAUGAAUCUACAUAAACUUCAGGUGCUCGAUUUGUCUUAUAACUUCAUAAGGGUGCUUGGAUAUGAAUCACUUCAAGGGCUUGCAAAUCUAUUAAACCUAUAUUUAACAGGAAAUGUCUUACACACUGUUUAUCAGUUUGCAACUCUACCAAAUCUGAAGCAGCUCUACUUGGGUCAAAACAGAAUCACAUCAUUGUAUGGAUUACCAAACAUUGCUAAAAAUCUCACAACCCUUGAUCUGCAUUCUAACAGAUUUACUUCCAUGUCAGCAUUAUACACGAUACUACAGGAAUUUCCAGGAAUGGUAGAAAUCAUUCUUAGUUUUAAUAGUUUACUGAAUUGUUCUUACCAGGGUCCAAAAGGGUCACACAAACUACAAAUCCUUGAUCUUAGUUAUGCAGGUAUGGAGGUUCUUUGGUCACACGGUGAAUGUUUAGAUGUUUUUAAUAACCUUCAUCAGUUACAACAACUCUCCCUGAGCUCAAACUUGUUGCAGUCACUUCCUAAAGACGUCUUCAAAGGCUUAACCUCUUUGAUCUUUUUAGAUUUGUCCUUCAACUCUUUGAAGUAUCUCCCUAAUGGUAUAUUCCCAGAAACUCUACAACUACUUAAUCUGGAAUAUAAUUCAAUUUAUUCAGUAGAUCCACAUCUCUUUAGCUCCCUCACUCAUCUCAGUCUCCUACAAAAUCAGUUUCGCUGUGAUUGCAAACUGAAAGAUUUUCAAACGUGGCUCAAUCAAUCUAGCACGAUCCUUAUACACCCUGUUGAAGAUGUGACGUGUGCAAGUCCUGAAGAUCAGCACAUGGUUCCCGUUUUGAGAUCAAGCAUACAAUGUGAGGAUGAGGAGGAAGAGAAGAAUGUUGAAAAACUGAGGUUUGGACUUUUUAUUUUCUCUGCCACAUUGAUCACGUUACUCACUAUCAGCAUCAUCAUUUAUGUCCGUCGCCGUGGUUACAUCUUCAAGCUUUACAAAAGACUUACUGCCAAAGUUGUGGAUGGGAAGCGAGAGGAGCUUGAUGCCGACGAGUACUUGUACGAUGUUUAUCUCUGCUUCAGUUCCAGUGAUAUGAAGUGGGUGGAGAAAGCCUUGUUGAAGAAGUUGGACUCACAGUUCUCAGAUCAGAAUCUUCUCCACUGCUGCUUUGAAGAGCGAGACUUCAUGCCUGGUGAAGAUCAUCUGACCAACAUCAGAAAUGCUAUUGAGAGUAGUCGAAAAACACUCUUUGUGGUGUCUGAACGUUUCCUGAAGGAUGGCUGGUGUUUAGAGACCUUCACACUGGCGCAGUGCAGGAUGCUAGUGGAGCUGAAGGACGUUCUGCUGGUUUUGGUGGUGGGGAACAUACCCCGUUACAAGUUACUCAAGUAUGAACAAGUAAGAUCUUACAUUGGGAACAGGAGAUAUCUUAUGUGGCCCGAUGACAGCCAAGACUUUGAGUGGUUUUAUGAGCAGCUUGUCAAUAAUAUCAGAAAAGAUGCUAAAGUGAAACAAACGCAAGCAAAAGGACCCAAAAAAGAGACUGCUGAAUUACAGCCUCAAAAAACAAAUGUUCAUGCAGAGACUGCAGUUUGAUUAUUGUUACACUGUAAAACAUUUGCUGUUGUUAUGAUGCAGUUUGCCAGUAACUUCCUGUAGAUUUUUUUUAUUUAAUUUAUUAGCAAAGGUUUGCUCAAAGAAAAAUGAACAUUAAACAUUAACAAGUCUUUGUCUUUACAGAAUGUAAAUUUUUUUGAUAUGUUUUUAAUGUUUAAUGUUCAUUUACCCUCGAACAAACUGUUGCCAAUAAAUAACUAAUUUAAAUCUACAGUAAGUUACUGACAAACUGCUCCCAGAAAUACUGUAAUUUCUACAGAAUUUUGUUAUACAGUGUAGUUUGUGAAAGUACUGUAAAGUUUGGUUUAUUUUGUGUUCAGUUAUUUAUUUUAUAGUAUAAUCCUAGGCAGAUUUUUUAUAUUUAUUGUAAAUGCAAAAAUAAUAAAUACUUACUUGCUGUAUUUAGAUAAUGGUAAUAAAACUUAAUAGUUAAACUAUCUGA